AUGCUUAACUCCGCCAGUGAAGUGGAGUUUUCGGAAGAAAAAACUACCGAGGAGAUCUCCCAACUCUCUUCCCUGGCACUGUCAGGGGACACAGCAUACAGCGAAAAAACCUCAACUGGUUUGCCCGAAAAAACUGGCUAUCUGGACUCCGUUUACAUUAUGGCAGCGAACAUUUUUCAGGGCAUUCGAUUCGAAAAGUCACCAGAGAAAGUCUUAAUAAAGUAUGGGAAUGAGCCCCUGCCGUCCUCCACCGAGUCUGAGGAUGAAUCCUUUCAGCGUUUGUCCUGUGAGCUGGCUUUCAGUGCCCUGAAGUUUCAAGAUAUUUUGGAAACUGUAUUAAUAGACAGCUGUAUCUUCCCAAGCACCACAAUACCAGAUCAUUUGAACAGUCUUAUCAUUGUGAUGCUGUAUGAUUUCCAAGAUAGAAAAUUUCAAGCUCGUCUCCUUUCUGAUAAUGAAGAGUCUAUAGCGGAAGUUCUAGAAGUAGAGAACCUUCUUAACAGUUUUAAGACAAAAUUGGCUGCGGCAUUGGCAAGAUGUCGAAUCAAACAUGAUGCCCUUUCAAUUUACCACAUUCUUCCAGAAACAGUUAGGAACCAGGAACUAAGGGCCUCAGCUUUGCCACUUUAUGCUUGGAUAAAUACGUGUAAAAUCAGCCCUGAAGAAGUUUAUCAUAGUUUGAAGAAAAAAGGCUAUAAUAAAGUCAAAUCUGUGUUGCAUAUUGAUAAUAAAGUCUUUGCUGUGGAUCAACAUUGCUAUGAUGUCUUAAUUUUUCCAUCUCAUCUUAAAAGUGAUCUUCUAAAUAUAGAUCUUUUCAAAGAUUAUAAACUUGUAUUUCAGGACAAAUCUCGAAGUCUCGCUGUCCAUUCUGUAAAGGCUUUAUUAAAUAUGGAUGAUGACAUCUUAAUGGUCAAUACAGGUUCGUGGUACACAGUUGCCCAUAUGUCAGUCUUAACAAAUAAUAAUACCUCAAAAAUAUUUGUGUGUGGAGUACAAUCACAAGCUAAGGAUCCUGACCUGAAGAACCUUUUCACAAAAAUGGGAUGUAAAAAUAUUGAAAUACUUCAUGAGACAUUGAUUAACCUUGAGUCAGAGGAUCAUAGGUUACAGAAAGUGAAAGUGAUUCUGCUGCUACCUCGUUGUUCAGGACUGGGUGUUAGCAAUCCAGUAGACUUUAUUUUAACUGAGCAUGAAGAUACAGGUUUACUUAAAGAUUUCUCUCAAGGAGGCCCAUCAGAAGAUAAACUUCAUGUUCUUGCUCAACAACAAUAUGAACAGCUAACACAUGCAAUGAAAUUUACUAGAGCUCAAGCAGUUGUUUACUGCACAUGUUCAGUUUAUCCAGAAGAAAAUGAAGCUGUUGUGAAGAAAGCACUGGAAUUUCAAGACCAUGGGACUAAAGUACAAUCUUACAGGCUUAGUCCCCCUGUCCUUCCACUGUGCUCCUUAAAGGAAAUACAUUUGUCCACUGACAAAUUUUUCAGAAUGGAACCAUCUGAAAUUACCAAUGGUUGUUUUCUUUCUGUUCUAACAAGGGAGCGGGACCCAUCUGAGACAGUGUCUGUGAAAGAUGUUUUGGCCCGUGCUGCAGCAAAGGGUCUACUGGAUGGGAUCGAGUUGGGUAAACCUUCAAAACGGGAGAAGAAGAAGAAGAAAAAAUCAAAAAUGUCAUUGCCAAAAUCUUCCACUUCUGAUAGUAGCAGCAUCCAGAUGAAAAUUGCUGAGUUCCUGAGUCAAGAAACUAACGCAAGUGCUCAUCAGUCAGGGACAUUAACAACAAAAACAUCUAUUCCAGAGAAGAAUACAAAUCAAGUGGGUUCUUCCUCACAGGUCAGAAAAUCCAACAAGCCCACCACCAAUCCUUUAGUGCCUACAUUUAUGAAGAACACAUCUCCCUCCAGACCAUGUGAACGGCCCACAAACUUUGUAAGACCUCGCCCAGAAGACAGAAUGAUUGCACUGAAACCCACAGAGAUUGUUUUGCCUCCAGUAAUGUUGCCAUUUUCUAGUCCCCAAGGGAUCAGAUCUCAGAUACCAACUCAACAUUUUUACUGUCGUUGGGUUGGGCCCAAGACUGUCAUGCCUGGCUAUCUUCCCACACCAUCAAUACCAAGAAGAGGGGAAAAACCUAAAGAAAACUUACCUUCCUCUCUACCCAGGCAUCCUCAACCAUGGCUUUGA